ACAAGUUUGGAAAUAGCUAAUAAUCAAACAAUGUCUAUCUACUAUACCAGCACUACUGUCUCUGCUCCCAUGAUAUCCGUCCUCCCUCGUCGCCCAAUGAUCGUUGCUGCUGUCGAGCAUCGAGGCCUACAGAUGUUCCGGCGAACUCUGCAGGUCCGAUCAUGCAGUAGCACUAGUCAUGUAGCUCCCUUGCGGCGGUCGGCGAAUUAUCAUCCAAACAUAUGGACGGACGAGCAUGUGCAAUCCUUCACGAGCACCUCCACGGCGCAACAAGAAGAGAAUCGUGAGAGAAUAAACGUACUGAAGGAGCAGACCAGGAAUCUGAUACGCGAGAAGCAGCAAGUAGCAGAGCAGCUUCAACUGAUCGACCAACUGCAACAGCUCGGCGUGGCGUAUCACUUCAAAGACGAGAUUGCUGACGUUUUAAGUCAUCUUCAUGCUUCUUUAGACCAUGUGAGCUCGCAACUGAAGGACGAUCUCCAUGCCACAUCGCUGCUCUUCAGGCUCCUCCGAGCAAAUGGCUUCUCUGUUUCACAAGGUUUGUUCGAGACAUUUAGAGACGAGAAGGGAAACUUCGAAGCUCGCUGUGAGAACCAAAUCAGAGAGCUUCUGAGUCUGUACGAAGCUUCCUACCUCGAGAAGGAAGGAGAGACUGUGCUGAAGGAAGCCAUGGAUUUUGCAACAGAGCAGCUGAAAGGAUUCAUGGAGGAGGGAUCUGUUCCUGAGGCUGGCGGUCUCAGAGAACAGGUGGCCCAUGCGCUGCAGCUUCCACUGAAUUGGCGGUUGGAGAGAGCGCAGCACAGAUGGUUCAUUGAAGCAUGCCGUGGCGACGACACCAUCAACCCUCUCCUUCUGGAGUUUGCUAGGCUCGACUACAAUCUGGUUCAGGACAUGUACAAGAGUGAACUCAGAGAGCUUUCCAGAUGGUGGUCGGGGCUCGGGCUUGCAGAGAAGCUGCCAUUUUUCAGAGACCGAUUACUUGAAAACUAUCUGUGGGCACUUGGUUUCACUUAUGAACCAGAAAGUUGGAGAUGCAGAAUGAUCCAAGCAAAGUCCAUCUGCUUGAUUACAUUGAUUGAUGAUAUUUACGAUGUCUAUGGAACCUUGGAUGAACUCCAACUCUUCACUGAUGCCAUCGACAGAUGGGACUUAACUGCCAUGGACAAGCUUCCAGAAUACAUGAAAUUAUGUUUCUUUGCAAUCUUCAACCUGGUGCACGAAGAAGGCUAUCGGGUGAUGAAGGAGAAGGGCUUGGACAUUGUGCCUGACUUAAAGAAAGCAGUAAAUUAUAAACACUAA